UGGAAACGGACAAAGAUGACCCACGUUCUCACCGCAUGCUGCUGCCCAGCGGCUCGCUUUUCUUCCUUCGCAUCGUUCAUGGACGACGGAGCAAACCGGAUGAGGGAGCCUACGUCUGCGUGGCCCGGAACUACCUGGGAGAAGCCGUCAGCCGCAAUGCAUCUUUGGAAGUAGCAUUGCUGCGAGAUGACUUCAGACAGAACCCAACAGAUGUGGUGGUGGCGGCAGGAGAGCCAGCGAUCCUUGAGUGCGUCCCUCCCAGAGGUCAUCCCGAACCCACCAUCUACUGGAAGAAGGACAAAGUGCGGAUCGAUGACAAGGAUGACAGGAUCACCAUUCGAGGAGGGAAGCUGAUGAUCUCCAACACAAGAAAGAGUGACGCUGGCAUGUACAUCUGUGUGGGAACCAACAUGGUCGGAGAAAGGGACAGCGAGACGGCACAAGUUACAGUGUUUGAGCGACCAACCUUCCUCCGGAGGCCCAUCAACCAGGUGGUGCUGGAAGAGGAGACGGUGGAGUUCCGCUGCCAGGUACAAGGAGACCCCCAACCCAAUGUACGCUGGAGGAAAGACGACAUUGAUGUUCCUCGUGGGAGAUAUGAGAUCAAAUACGACAAGGACGACUACGUUCUGAGAGUGAAAAAGGCUUCCAUUAAUGACGAGGGCACGUUCACCUGUGUGGCAGAAAACCGCGUGGGCAAGCUGGAGGCCUCCGCCACGCUCACAGUCAGAGCUCGCCCCGUCGCUGCCCCCCAGUUUGUCAUCCGUCCAAGGGACCAAAUUGUGUCACAAGGCCGCACUGCCACCUUCCCAUGUGAAACCAAAGGAAAUCCUCAGCCUGCUGUCUUCUGGCAGAAGGAGGGAAGUCAGAAUUUGUAUUUUCCCAACCAACCCCAGCAGCCCAACAGUCGCUGUUCGGUGUCGCCCAGCGGAGACCUCACCAUCUCAUCUGUGCAGCGGGCAGAUGCCGGUUACUAUAUUUGCCAGGCCCUGACCGUUGCAGGCAGCAUCCUCGCCAAGGCUCAACUGGAGGUCACAGAUGUGCUCACGGACAGACCUCCACCCAUUAUUCGCCAAGGCCCAUCCAAUCAGACACUCGGAGUGGACAGCGUGGCGCUGCUGAAGUGUCAGGCGUCAGGAGACCCCAUCCCGUCCAUCAGCUGGCUGAAGGAUGGGGUCAGUCUGCUGGGAAAGGACCCACGCAUGUCCUUGCAGGAGCUGGGCAGCCUGCAAAUCAAAAGCAUCAAGCUGUCAGACUCUGGGAUCUACACAUGUGUGGCCACCAGCUCCAGUGGGGAAACAUCAUGGAGCGCUUUCUUGGAAGUCAAAGAAUCAGGCGGAGUGUUGGUUGUUAAGAACCAUGAUGAGAACGAGCUUCCAGGCCCACCAUCUAAACCUCAGGUCACUGAUGUCACCAAGAACAGCGUGUCCUUGUCCUGGCAGUCUGGGAUGGCCGGAACAUCUCCUGUCUCCUCAUUUGUCAUCGAAGCAUUUAGUCAAUCAGUGAGCAAUAGCUGGCAAACGGUGGCCGACCAUGUGAAAACCACCCAGUUCACUGUCAAAGGCCUCCGUCCCAACACCAUCUACCUGUUCAUGGUCCGAGCAGUCAGCAGCCAGGGCCUGAGCGAUCCCAGCCCCAUGUCCGAUCCUGUCAGAACACAAGAUAUCAGCCCUCCGGCUCAAGGUGUCGACCACAGACACGUACAAAAGGAGCUCGGCGAGGUCAUAGUUCGGUUACACAACCCGGGUGUCCUGAGUCCCACAACCAUCCAGGUCACAUGGACAGUGGACCGUCAGUCCCAGUUCAUCCAGGGCUACAGAGUUCUGUACAGGCAGACAUCAGGACUGCCUUCACCAGGACUAUGGCAGACUCAGGAUGUCAAGGUCCCCUCUGAGCGCAGCGUCAUCCUUUCUGCACUCAAGAAGGGCAUUGUUUAUGAGAUCAAGGUCCGGCCUUAUUUCAACGAGUUUCAAGGCAUGGACAGUGAAUCCAGGACGGCACGGACCACUGAGGAAGCUCCCAGUGCCCCUCCUCAGCAGGUAACAGUCCUGACCGUGGGAAACCAGAACAGCACUUCCAUUAGCAUCUCCUGGGACCCCCCUCCACCAGACCACCAGAACGGCAUCAUCCAAGAGUACAAGAUCUGGUGUCUAGGGAACGAGACGCGUUUCCAUGUAAAUAAGACGGUGGAUGCGGCCAUACGCUCGGUGGUGGUCGGCGGGCUGCAGGUGGGAGUGGUGUACCAUGUGGAAGUGGCUGCCAGCACAAGCGCAGGGGUUGGAGUGAAGAGCGAACCUCAGCCUAUUAUCAUUGGUAAAGAGUUCCGGGACGUGAUUAUACAUGGAAACCGGAACAACAGCAUCACAGAGCAGAUAACUGAUGUGGUGAAGCAGCCUGCUUUUAUUGCCGGUAUCGGAGGGGCUUGUUGGGUCAUCCUCAUGGGCUUCAGUAUCUGGCUGUACUGGAGGAGAAAGAAGAGAAAGGGCCUGAGCAACUACGCAGUUCAGUCCUUCACCUUCACCCCUGCAGUGACAUUCCAGAGAGUUGACGGCGGUCUGAUGAGCAACGGAAGCCGGCCAGGCCUGCUGAACGCCAGUGACCCAGGCUACCCCUGGUUAGCGGAUUCUUGGCCAGCAACCAGCCUGCCUGUCAACAGCAGCUCUGGGGGACCAAAUGAUCUGACUAACUUUGGUCGAGGAGAUCUCCCCUCUGGACAAGGGGAUAAAACGGGCACCAUGCUCUCUGAUGGAGCCAUCUACAGCAGCAUAGACUUCACCACCAAAGCCAACUACAACAGCCCCGGCCAAACAUCCCAGGCCACUCCCUAUGCCACCACUCAGAUUCUCCACUCCAGCAGCAUCCACGAGCUGGCUGUGGACCUGCCUGAGGCCCAGUGGAAGGCCUCGCUCCAAGCCAAGCAGGAGAUGGCCAACCUGGGCUACUCCCUGCCCGACAAGAACUCCUGCAACAACAGUGGAAAGGGAGGAAAGAAGAAGAAAACAAAGGCUGGCUCCAAACCUACUAAAGCCAAUGGGUCCAACUGGGCCAAUGUUCCCCUGCCCCCUCCCCCGGUUCACCCCCUCCCCGGCACUGAAAUGGACCAUUAUCCAAAUGAGCACCAUGAAGGAGGAGGGUAUGAGAGUGACGGCUGGGGCCCGCCCAUGCCUGUGCAGACAUAUCUUCACCAGGGCAUGGAGGAUGAGCUGGAGGAAGAGGAGGAGAGGGUUCCCACCCCGCCCAUCCGAGGGGUGGCCUCUUCUCCAGCUGCCGUGUCCUUUGGGCAGCAGUCCACAGCGACUCUUACCCCCUCUCCUCGAGACGAGAUGCAGCCCAUGCUCCAGGCACAUUUGGAUGAGCUGACCAGAGCGUACCAACUGGACAUGGCAAAACAGACAUGGCACAUGCAGGGAGGCUCCCUUCCUCCUCAGGCUCCAGCUCCUCCAGUGGGCUACGUGUCGAGCACAAUGGUUUCCGACCUGGAGACUGACCUGCCUGAUGAUGAGGAGGAGGAGGAUGAUGAGGAGGAGGAUGAAGGCUACGGAGCCAGGCAUCCCCGCGGUAUUGAGCACACACCAGGGUCUAGCAUGGACAACCUGGACAGCUCUUUAACAGGGUCCAUGGUGAAUGGGUGGGGCUCAGCCUCGGAGGAUGACCGUAAUUUCUCCAGCCAUAGGUCCAGUCUGGGCAGUUCGUCCGACGGCUCCAUCUUUACCCACUGCAGCUUUGCUCAGGCCCUGGUGGCCGCUGCAGACAAAGCAGGCUACCGCCUUGAGGGCACAAGCCUCAGCAAGAGAGGUAAAGGCUUGUCCCACAGGCCCCGGCCCAGCAGUCCAUUUUCAACAGAUGGCAGCACAGUCGGCACACACAGUUUGGGCCACCAGAGGGCCACCAGACCCACACGCAAACCCCGAAGUCAGGGCACAACACCCCACCGGAGAGACGCUGGUGCAGAUGAGGAAGGGUGCGUGCCGUACAGUAAACCAUCGUUCCCCUCUCCUGGUGGCCACAGCUCCUCCGGCACAGCCUCCUCCAAGGGCUCGACAGGGCCACGCAAGAACGAGGGUCCACGACAACCGCAGCAGUGGACCGCCACAGAGCACGCUGAAUUCCUGGGGACCAAUGGACAAGGACAGUACUCAGGAGAGUUAUAGUGAUCUGCCUGGGGUGUGAACUGGAGAAAACCGGGCCCGUCCUUGGAAGAAUAACGCCCUCCUUGUUGGGGCAAUGAACUUUGUCCUUACCUGUGUUGUUCUCUGAGAGGAAAGGAGCGCAGCAAAGGAGAACCGCAGAGAAAAGCAGUGUCACAGAACUGUAAAUGUGAUGUAUAGACACAGACAUACUGUACAUCUCACUAUGUUUUCGUCCUCAAGAAAAUAUUUUCCACCUCCUACCUUACUGUAAUUUUCUUUUUGUUAGAAAAACGCAAGUAAAAAAAAAAAACGAAAACAUCUAUAUGAGAACAAAUUUUCUGGUAACUGCCCUUGGGGAAAAGGGAAUUUUGUUUCCUGUAAAUAUAUUCUUUACCUUGUUGUUGCAUUGCUAUGCAAGCCUAAUUCAGUUUGAGCUUUUUAUUUCCAUAUACAGGAACAGUUGGGUUUUAUCUGGUUAUUUGUAUUAUAUGUGAAUUGAGUGGCUGUUGUGCCAUAAAAAUAAUUGUUUUAUAAUCCAUUGUUUGUUGAUAGUUACCAUUAAUUAUUAUCAUUAUUAUUAUUAAUUAUUGUUUUUGCACUGCAAUUUUUGGUGAUAAGCACAAAAACAUAGCUCCUGCUGACAUGAAGAACCGGAAGAAUAUGUGAAGAGGAGUUUCUGUACUGUAAAGUAAAGAGAAGAAAAUUAUAUACUAAUGUACAGAGAGAUAUUAAAGAGUAAUGCUUUGCUCACAGACGGCAACAAACAAGGCGCCCAUUUCCGUAGUCGAGACAAAUUGGGUGGCAGGCAUGCAAGGUUCCCGAGGGUGUGAAGGGCAGAUACGAGGCCGGAGGAAUCAGACAGAGGAUUAUUGCAGGUGAACGAGUUGAUUAUUUAAUUCCUAAUUAACUCUCCUACAAUAAUAGUUUGGUGUCAGAAACAGUUAAAGUGUUUUUGAGCAACUCCAGGCAUUGUCUUGUUUUCAGAAAGGGAGUGAGGGAGUGCAUUUUCUUCAUUUUAUACAAGGGCCUCCAAGCAUUUCAAGUUAGGUUUUUUUUUUUAUGAUUUACUGUCUAAAUAAUUUUACUACACUGAGUUUACGCUCCUCUUUUAGCACACUCACAAUAAAACCAGUCAAAAGCGAGGAGGAGUCGGUAAAAUCUGUCUGCAUGCUGCAGUCCAGUCAUAGCACUUACAGAGGCAGAUUUGUGAUUCUUCCAAGGCCUUAAUAGGUAGAAAACACAAACAAAGGAGUAUUUGCUGUGAUUAGUGGUAAUGAUACUCCGAAACCUACCUAAAAUAUCAGUGGAGCAACUUAAUUUGUUUACAUCUUUUAUGAUUAUUAUUAUUUUUAUUUUUUUUUAGUUCCAACCAUUUUUGAUAUUGUUUGCUUUUUAGAGCACUUACUGUUUUAUGUUUGUUAGAUUAUCUGUGGUACAUCCAAGAAAACCCAGUGACCCGUGGGUUCCAGCUAAGUGCUGUUAAAUUAGGCGAUCUAUUGAAGCCGUUGUUGCUGUAAAGGUUGGUGCCUCAGUUACCAAUACGCUACGAUCAGCACAGUCUCGAGUCAGUAACUUUUAGGGAAAAAAAAAAAGAAAAAAAGAACGACGUGUGUACGAUUUACAAUGUAGCUUUGAGUCAGAGUGAUAUCGGAGAAAGGCCUUGUAUAUUAACUAGCAGGUCCCACUGCCUCCAUGUCUACAGCCACAGUGUGGAGCAGAACACUUUCUUAUCUCUUAUCUGCCUGACUGCCACAAAACACACACACACACACUUAUCAUCUGCCGCUUUCGACUUCUCAGCCUCUGAUUCUCAAUUUUUGUCCUUUCAGACGCUGUUUUUAUCGGUUGUCCUUUUUUUAAAUGAGAAGCUUGUUUCUUUGUAUGCCUUUUAUGGACUCCAAAACGCUGCUUACAACAAUGUUUUCAAUAUUAAUGUUCAGGAUUUUUGUGGUUCAAUGACUGUUUGUUUUGUCCUUUUUUGUACUGCUAAUGUUGAUAAAAAGGGGGGGUGGGAAACUAAAGGCCAUCAGAUGCUGUUGUACUGUUGUCGUCAUGCCAUCGUCAUUUUUUUAACCAUCCACCCAGUGGCCAGUGUUCUGGAAAUGAGGUGCAAAGAGUAUCUCAGGUUAUUUUACAUUCUGGUGGUGUUUAUGUGUGUGUAUAUAUGUGUAUAUAUCCAUACGCAUCUCCACUUGAUUAUGCCAUUCCAUUUUCAUUGACAAAAUUAUCCCUCUCAUGUCCGAUUCUGUCGUCCCCUCUUUUUCUUUUCUGCUGUGGAUUUUUGAUUCUGAAUAUAAUGUGCUGGUUCAUCCACCUUAAGACAAGAUGUCAGUAAAAGAACAUACCAAAUUAAGAUUGAUAUUUCUAAUGUCUAAUGCGUUUUAGUGUCUCUUUAAUACUCAUUGUUUUCUUUUAAAUCACAGUGUCGUUUUGUAUUUAUUAAAAUGAUAAUAAAAGUAUAUUGUGAAAUAUGCAUAAAGAUUCGUGAGAUAUAAAAUGUGGUUUUUUGUUCCUUGUAAAGUUUGGUGUCAGAGCCGAGCAGAGAGGCCAUAAGGAGAUGAUAGGCUCGCUGUGCUCACAGCACGGUGAAGUGCCGGGUCAGUAGUCGUCCGAGUCACUCUUCGUCUUGCAUGUUCACUGCACUGCUCUUCUCAUGUCAAAACUAAAGAAACGUAAAACCUUUUCAACACAACGAGUAAAAAUGCUCACAAUUUGCUUGUCAAGACAAUAGAGAAAACGUCUUUUUGGAAGGAUGAAAGUGCUUUCCCUCUCUUUUGUUCAUUUUCUCAAUAUUGUUGGUUCUUUGUAGCCUAUCUGUGUGUUGCCUUUUUGCUAUAAAAGAGGAUUAAAAAUGACAAAAAGAGAAAGUUGUUGGGUGAAGUCUUUCUGUACAGUCCGGGGUGAGGUGACACCCCGAUCCAAUGCCAUUUCUACAGUACAGUACAUUCUCCUUUUUUUUUCUGUAAACCACCUUCUGUAUUCACUUGCAUGUCCUUGUCCAAGAAGAGAGUGGAUCAAGAAAAUAAACUUUUACAGUCUCAUUCCCAUGUCCUGUAAGAUAAAUCCAUGUUCUUUUAUUUCCUUGUACCUGGAUCAAUAUCAAAUAAAAUAUUUUUGAAAAAUGUAA